AUGAGACUUUUAUUGCCUGCUGCCUUCGUGGUGGCUUUUGUCAUAGUGUUCGCUCAAGCAGUUCAAUGUCUCAGCCAUGUGCCGAAGUGGGUUCACGACAUGAGGAUACAGCGUGUUGCUGACCUCAAAGAACAGAUCGCGAAGGCGUCCGAAGGCUCUGUCAGUAGUCUUGCUGCCGUUGAUUCUGCCGAUGUGACCCGCCUAGCGGAGGAACUUGACUGCCUUCAAUCAGAGGAGGAUAGGCUGCAAGAGGGCAAACGAUCGGUUGCCGUUUUUGCCACUAUCAUUAUGAUAGUCCUAUUCUUGCUGUUCUUCCUGACAACGAUGCACGUGGAUGAAGUGAUUAAAGAUGUCAGGUAA